GACUAAAAAUCGAUGCUAAUGAAAAUAUUCGUUCCUUUGUAAUAUAUUAUUGUUUAGUCCUAUAAUUCUUGAAGAUUUACAAUACUAAAAGAAAAAUGAUUUGCAGCUACAUUGUAAAAACUGAUAAGUAUUUCAACGAUACCUGACAAGAUGGAAGGUCUGUGGCCGAAUAAGUGAGGGCUAGAACUCUUAACUCAAUAGUUAUGGAGUCUAAUGAACUGGAAAUCUUACGGGUGAAGACAGAGGUGAACGACGACACUGACACCGAGCCCUCAGAGGUUGCAGCUAUCAAACUAGAACCCGUGGAGGAUGGAAUUGAACAAUACUUGCCCAAAGUACUGCAGCCUCAUGACUUGGUGUUUACCGAACACAUGUGCAUCAAGGUUGAGGCUGAAUUCGUAAAUAAUGAAGAGGGAGAGAGCACAAGAGGAAAAGAGACAGCAGAUCAUUGCGAGAACAAAACAAAUGCAUGCAACAACAAGGUGACAGAGGAAGCGCCACAAGUGGAAGAUUCUCUACCUGUGAAGCUCCAAAUCCGAAAUAAACGUUCCAUUCCCCUCUCGGAAAGAUACAAAUGCGAAUGUGGCAAACAAUUCAAACAAUCAAGCAACUUAAAGGAGCACAGACGAAUACACACGGGUGAGAAACCUUAUGCCUGCGACAUGUGCGAACAGCGCUUCACCAAACAGGACGCGCUAAAGACCCACGAGCGCUUACAUACAGGGGACAAGCCUUAUGCUUGCAAACACUGCAAUAAGCGCUUCAGGCUCUCAGGCACUUUGAAGAAACAUGAACGACUACACACAGGAGAAAAGCCGUAUUUGUGUAAAAUAUGCCCGAAAGCGUUUACACAAAUGAUCGGCUUGAAAAGACAUGGACGAGUUCAUUUAGAAACUCCUACUCCCCUUCCUCAUCCAUGUCAAAUUUGUGACAAACGAUUUUCGGCUCCAAGCGAAUUGGAUAGACAUCAGCGCGUACAUACUGGUGAAAAACCGUUUCGAUGCGAUAUUUGUCAAAAAAGGUUCGCACAACUAGUUGCGCUGAAUCAGCACAAAAGAAUACACACCGGACUCAAACCACACACUUGUGGAACAUGCAAAAGGAGUUUCGCAGAUUUGAGAGUUUUAAAAGAUCACGAACGAACACAUACAGGGCUGUUGUACCUCUACCUGCAUAUGUUCUAG